UGUUGUCAAUAGAAAUAAUUUGUUUGCAUUUUUGUCUUAACUCUAUCUUUCUUAGGCAAAGGUCAUGCUCUCCGUUCUGUUACCAUUUCCCUGAUCCUCAUUAUUCUCUUCAAAGUUUGGACGUUAUUGUUUUGCUUUUACCUUUUCCUCUUCUUUUUGUGGUAGCAAAUGAUAAAGAAUGUGACAUCCUUCUGAUUGAAGAGGAAACCCUUUCUUCAUUGUUUCUUCUACAAAAAAAUUAGUUAUAGUUUUGCUUUUGGAGAGCAAUGAAUUUUCAACACAAAGGAGAUGGUGACAGCUUGCAGUAUGGCUUUCAAGGAGUGAACUCCUCAUCUCCUCCAAUCCCAAAAGUUCCCAUUCCUAUGGAUUUUCCCUGGGAAGGAGAGAGUGAUUUGAACAUCAGAAGGGGAAUGAUUCAGUACUUGAUUGCUGGUCCAUCAGAACAGCAAGUGAAAAUGCCUUGGUGUUUUCAUCUAGUGGGAGAUCAUGGUAGGGAAGCACGGAGGGAAGAUGAUGGCAGAGUUGAUCAAGAAACUCAAGAAAGUAAGAAAAAGAAUGGUGGAGGACAUACAAAACUUUGUUCCAGAGGUCAUUGGAGACCUUAUGAAGAUGCUAAGCUGAAAGAACUAGUUUGUCAAUAUGGACCUCAGAACUGGAAUCUGAUUGCUGAGAAACUUGAAGGAAGAUCAGGAAAGAGCUGCAGAUUGAGAUGGUUCAACCAACUGGAUCCAAGAAUUAACAAGAUGGCUUUCAGUGAAGAAGAAGAGGAACGGCUCUUGGCAGCUCACAGGAUGUACGGUAACAAAUGGGCUAUGAUUGCAAGGCUUUUUCCCGGAAGAACUGAUAAUGCAGUCAAGAAUCACUGGCAUGUCAUCAUCGCCAGAAAACAGAGGGAGGAAAAUAGUGUAUACAGGAGGAGAAAGCCCUCUAGUUUUCAAGCAUACCAUAAGGGAUUUACAGUAAAUACUCUGCAGAAUAGUGCAUGCAAUGGUUCAGAUGUUUCCACCAAUAAUAGGGAGGAAUCUGCCUCUACUUGCACUGAUCUCUCUCUAACUCCAUCUUCAAACAGAGUCUCCCCUGGCUAUUUCACUAGCUCUGUUUCUGCAGAAAAAUACCAUUUUUUGGGUCCUGAUUUGAAUCAAGCGGCAUCAUCAGGAGAUGAAAGAAAAGUGAUGAAAACAAGAGGUGCUGUUCAAUAUUGUCAGUUAAACAACAAUGGGCCAAUUGCAAAGGCAACAGUUACCAUAAAUCCAUCUGCUCAGUCAGAUUCAAGCUCGGAACUUUCUGCAUCAGAGUCAGUAGCGAAUAACGCCAGCACCAGACUCCUCCUCUUGAAUGACAAAAUUGAGAAUGGAAUUGAGAGCUACAAAUUGCCAUUUAUUGAUUUUCUUGGAGUUGGAGCCAGAAAAUGAUAGUUUAGUGGCCAUUUGGUUUGGGGUUUGGAGCAAUUGAAAGCUGAAAAUGACUAAAGUGUAAAAGUUCUGAAGCUGUAUGAAUGCAUUCUCUGCAUUUUGCAUGAUCACAA